UUUUGUCCUGCGCUGGUCUCUGUGACCCCCCCCCCCCGGCCCGGGUCCCCCUCCCCGCCCGCCAUCAUGAAGAAAUUCUUUCAAGACCUCAAGGCCGACCUCCAGUUCAAGACGGCCGGGCCGGGCCAGAAGCUCCAGGAGUCGCCCAGCAGAGAACGAGCUCCCAAAGAGAAGCCCAAAGCCGACCCUCCCAAGCCCCGCCAAGGGCCGACCAAUGAGGCCCAGAUGGCGGCUGCCGCAGCCCUGGCCCGGCUAGAGCAGAAGGCCAAGCCACGCCCCCCGUCAUCGCAGGAUGCCAUCCGGAAUCAGGUGAAAAGGGAGCUUCUGGCUGAAGCAGCCACAAGUGAUAAAGCAGCAUGUGUGGAUCAGAAGAACUCCUUGUCCGUUGAAGAAGACCCAUCCACGCUGUCUGUCUCAGGAGUCUACUUCACGUGUCCCUUAACCGGGGUGGCCGUCCGCAAAGACAAAAGGGAGGCACAACUCAGGACAGCCAUUCUUGCGCUCGCUGCCAAAGACCCCGUGGCUGCAUCCAUCAUGGAAAUCCACACCUUCAACAGGGACCACGACAAGGUCAAACUCGGCGUGGAGACCAUAGCGAAGUACCUCGAUAACAUCCAUCUGCACCCAGAGGAAGAGAAGUACCGGAAGAUCAAGAUUCAGAAUAAAGUGUUCCAGGAAAGGAUCCACUGCCUGGAGGGCACACACAAGUUUUUCCAGGCCAUUGGGUUUGAAAAGGCCACCCUGAGUGUUCCAGGACAAGACGGUUCCACCGAGGACUUUUACAUGCUGAAGGAGGAAGCCUUGGAGAACCUGGGCGAGCUGAAGGAGCACCGAGAGAAGCUGCUGAGCGGCGAGCCGCUGAGGGCCCAGCUGGACCGCCAGCUCCGCAUUUUCAAGCCAUCCCCACAGGCCUCCCAUUUCGAACUGCCCAGCGACUUCUUCAGCCUCACUGCGGAGGAGCUGAAACGGGAGCAGAGGCUCCGGACAGAAGCUGUGGAAAAGGCCUCCAUGCUGAGGACCAAAGCUAUGCGGGAGAGGGAAGAGCAGCGUGAGCAGAGGAAGUACAGCUACACCUUGCUGCGUGUCCGCUUUCCUGAUGGGUACAUCCUGCAAGGGACGUUCUACGCCCGGGAACCUGUGUCAGUGCUUUAUCAGUUUGUACGAGAGACACUGCAGAACGACUGGCUCCCCUUUGAGCUGCUGGGCCCUGGGGGCCACAAGCUGAUGGACCAGAGCAUGGCCUUCAACGAAUGUGGCCUGGAAACAAACACACUGCCACUGGCUCAAGUUGGCUUGUCUGGAAGGUCUGGAAAGAUUUUGGAACUGUGAGGGGUCCUUCGUUUACACUGGAUUUGAGAAAAAAAUUCUCCACCACUGGGACAUUGAUUGGUUUAUGGGGGUGUGGGGAGACACGCCUUUCUGGUUUACUGACCUUUAAUGAUGACUUUUUAAAAUUCAUAAAUAAGCAAUUGUAAAGCGAAGUGAACACACACUCACCUAAGGAAUUUUGAACACCAAAUGCAGACUGGAAUAAAUGUAUCCAGUUCUUUUGCAAAAGUCAGCAGAGGUGAGGCCUGCAUAUAUAUCUCCCUGGAGUUCCAGAGGUUUAGGCCCAGCACUGACAAGGCCCUGAGUCCACUAAUGGCACUUGAUGCUGGGUCAGAGCAUAGAAUCUUGUACACUGAUCAUAUUACCUGUAUUAUUAAGUUUCCCUCACUGCUGGAGCUAUUUUUAGGCUGCUGUCACCUAACUCAUUAUUGUAUUGGUUUUUUUUCUUAUCAUGUUUUAGUCUUUUAAAUUAUUUUAAUUUAUUGUAAUUGUAAACUGCCCAUAAAGCCCUACGGGAUAAUGUGGUGUUAUAGAAAUGUAUUAUUUUCAAAAGGGAGAAAGGCAGGAUAUAAACAAAUUUUUAAAAUGCACAGAACAUAAGCACACCACCCAUUUGCUUAGAGCUGUCCCUGCUCUUUGGAAGCACCACAGAGUUUGCUCUUCCAACCCACA